AUUUAAUGCACCCGUGAGUCAAUAUUUAAGUCAGUGCAUUUCCAGCAACCGGACGGCAAUAAAAUGAUGAUUCCCACUCGGCUACGAGACUUGACUUCGACCUUGCAGUGAGAGAGAAAGAUGAGGGCGGUGCUUCCACUUCGCCCCCUCCCCUUCGUCCUUCUCCUCCUCCUCCUCCUCGUCGCCGACGGCAGCGUCCCGGCGGCAGAGGAGGUGCCAUUGGCGGCGCCAUUCACCUGUAACGCCACCGCGAAGGCCUCGUGCCAGGCCCUCCUCGGCUACGUGCCCCCCAACGCCACCACCUACGCCGCCAUCAAGUCCCUCUUCCAGGUCCGCUCCCUCCGCUCCCUUCUCGGCGCCAACGGCCUCCCCAUCUCCACCCACUCCUCCGCUGCUGUACCCGCCGGCUCCACCGUUCGCGUCCGCUUCCCCUGCUCCUGCUCCCACGGCACCGGCGUCUCCGCCCGCAACCACCCCGUCUACAAGGUCAAGGCCGACGACGGUCUCGACGCCAUCGCCAGAAACGUCUUCAACGGCUUCGUCACCUACCAGGAGAUCGCGGCGGCGAACAAUAUCUCCGACCCCAACAAGAUUGAGGUGGGACAGAAGCUGUGGAUUCCGCUGCCAUGCAGCUGUGACCCGGUGGACGGCGCCGCCGUGGUCCACUACGCCCACGUGGUGGCGGCCGGGAGCUCGGUGGACGCGAUCGCGGCGGAGUUUGGGACGGACGUGGACGUGCUGCUCCGGUUGAAUGGGAUUAGCGAUCCGAAGAAGCUUCUGGCCGGCCAGGUUCUUGAUGUCCCUCUUCGAGCUUGUUCUUCCUCAAUAAGCAACACAUCUAUCGACCGUCACCUCCGCCUUCCCAAUGAUAGCUAUGCUCUCACUGCCAAUGACUGUGUCCUCUGCAGCUGCAGCUCCUCCACUUGGCAGCUAAACUGCCAACCAACCCAAGGAAUAAGUUCCUCAACUUGCCCUGCUGCAAAGUGUGGGAGUCUUUAUCUUGGCAACGCAUCAUCCAUCUCGGCUUGUGAGAACACUCUAUGUGCCUAUGCUGGCUACACCAAUACCACCAAAUUCACCAUUCACACCAACCUCACCACCCUGUCUCUAUGCAACAAUGGGAGCGCGCCGCAGUCUCAGCCAAGCAAUAGUUCUGCUCCAGGGUUGGGAUUACAGGGGUUGAAUUGGAUGGAGCUUUUCAUUACCGUUCACAUUGGUUUGCUUUGUUUUGGUUUUCUUUGGCGUGGCACCAAUUGAAAGGGUUCUACUUUUUUCCCUACAUGGCUGUUGUACCAGUAGACUAGUCUCUCUCUCUCUCUCUCUCUCUCUCUCUCUCUCUCUCUCUUCUCUUCUUUUUUCGAUGUAUGCCGCGUUGGAUGUUUUGUGAUUCAACAAAAUAAGUCCAUAAUAGAAUAACUUUUUAAGAUGUUUA